CGGCACAGAGCGAUGGCGGCGGGGCUGGCGUGUCUUCUGCUGCUGGUCGUGCUCGCGGCGUGUGGGCCCGCGCCGGCCGGCGCCGUGAGGAUGAAAGUGGUGGAGGAACCCAACACGUUCGGACUGAACAACCCGUUCCUGGCCCAGACCAACCGCCUGCAGCCCAGGAGGGAUCCUUCGCCCGCGUCCGGGCCCAUGCAUCUCUUUAGACUUUCUGGCAAGUGCUUCAGCCUGGUGGAGUCCACGUACAAGUAUGAGUUCUGCCCUUUCCAUAAUGUGACCCAGCAUGAGCAGACAUUCCGCUGGAACGCCUACAGUGGGAUCCUCGGCAUCUGGCACGAGUGGGAAAUUGUCAACAACACCUUUGCUGGCAUGUGGAUGAGGGAUGGUGACUCCUGCCACUCCCGGAGCCGGCAGAGCAAGGUGGAGCUCACCUGUGGAACAAGCAACCAACUGGCCCACGUGUCCGAGCCGAGUACCUGCAUAUACGCACUGACAUUCGAGACCCCCCUCGUCUGCCACCCUCACUCUUUGUUAGUGUACCCUGCCCUGCCGGAGGCCCUGCAGCAGCGAUGGGACCAGGUGGAGCAGGACCUGGCCGAUGAGCUCAUCACUCCCCAGGGCUAUGAGAAGUCAUUGAGAGUGCUUUUUGAGGAUGCUGGCUACCUAAAGACCCCAGGAGAUACAGAACCCACCCAGCAGGAAGGACGUCCUAAGGGUGUGGAGUUGGAGACACUAGAAAGCUGCAGAAAGGCACACGAAGAACUGUCACAGGAGAUAAAAAAGCUUAGAAGUUUGCUUACCCAGCACGGCAUCCCCUACACAAAGCCCAUAGAAACCUCCCGCUCUGAGCACUUGGGCCACACGUCACCCACAGCCGGGCCCCCAGAGCAGUUGCAAGGUGACCCGGGGCUGCCUGUGAAGGUCUUGUGACCAUGAGAGCAGCACUGAUUCCAAACCUCGGGUGUCCUGUCAUGGGACGCAGAGGAGACAGCAUGGCCACGACUGCAGAGCACAGAGGCAGCUACACUAUAGUCAAGAAGACACCCUUCCCCUCGGACCAGGCGGGGACUCUCCCAGUGACCAGCUGGCCAGUCUCUUAUGUUCACAGAUGCAGACACAGUAAAGAUUCCAAGUUUUAAUUAAUUCCCAUAUUGAUAAAAAUAAUUCCAUGAAUUCUGUAAACCGUUUGCAUAAAUGCUAUUGUGUAAAAAAAAUUUAAACAAGUGUUAACAACUUUAAACAAUAUGCUACAAGUAAAUGAUUAUGCAUCAUAAAUACUACCUUCUGGGUUAAGAAAAUUCCAUUCAAAUAACAUUCUCAUCUAAGUACGCAAAACAAACACAUGUCAGGGACUUCCAUAAGUUAAUCUGCUUGAAGCGUCCACACCCAGUGAAGAUCUCUAGCUGACCACAGUCAUGGGAACAUGUGACACCAUCACCCCAGUGAAGAUCUCUAGCUGACCACAGUCAUGGGAACAUGUGACACCAUCACGUUACCACUAAUACUUAACACUUAGAGAGGUGAGAGGGCAGGCAACAAGGACAGCGGCUUGGCUGGUUGCCCCCACCUCCGGCAGCCACCCUUGUCACCCACGGACCGGACCACGAGCCCAUCUCACUCAGCCUCUAGGGCCGGGGGUGGGGGGGAGCUGCCAGCACCUCCCACCCAUUGCUAUGCUCCUUGCUCACCUGGGAUCAACCCCACAGAUGGGUGGGAUUGGACCCACUGUGGGCAGCCCCUGGGGCCCCGCAGCAGUUACUAACCAAGAGGCGCCCAUGGCCCAGGAGUUCUCUUGGCAUCCUUUGGUCCUCUAUAUACCUGUGUGCAGAGCCCACCUGGUCCCCAGAGGACUUGGGGACCCCUGCAGGCAGCCGGCACCCCAGGCCCCCAACUCCACUCCACCCCCAGAAUGUGAGCCC